UGUAGCUGAAGCUACGUUCCCGGCACGCUCGACCUUCGUCUCCUGGGUCCAAGUGCCUGUAUAUUUCGCGUCCGUUUUUCUUUAAGGAAAUGCGCCGUUUAUUCGACACUGGAAUCGUAGUUGAGUCCACGUAGUAUUUGUUGUUUAUCGCUCAGUGACAUUUAGCGUUAUCAGUUGGCUGUCCCGCUGAAGUUCCACCGCAUCGGAAGCUGUCGGCGUCCGCAGUUCCAGUCAGUUCUCAACGCCAGACAAGAGCAGCAGCAAUGGAAGAGGGAGGGAAGAGCAGAGGGACCCUGAGGGACGAUCUUGGAGCUCUGCUGUCAUCCGGGGUUGCGGCUGAUGUCACCAUCAUGGCAGGCAGUGUCUGGCUGCCGGCUCACAGGGUUAUAAUGGCGGCCCGCAGCCCUGUUUUCGCUGCUAUGUUCCGGCACGACCUGCUGGAAGCUUCUAACAACAGUGUCAGCAUCACAGAUAUCAACCAGGAGGUGAUGCGUCAGAUGCUGCAUUUCAUGUACACAGACGAAGCGCCUCUGUUGGAAUGUUUUGGAGCAGAACUGCUCGCUGCGGCGGACAAGUACAAUGUCCCGAGGCUGAAGCAGCAGUGCGAGCAGCAACUGAUUCAAGACUUAUGCAUGGAGAACGCAGCAGACUGCGCUGUCCUUGCAAUGGUGUACUCAUGUGAGAAGCUGAAGGCGGCAGCUAUCAGCUUCAUUAGUUCCCACUGCAAAGAAGUUAUGGCUACAGAUAGGUGGGCUAACGCCAUGAGGCAACACACUGAAGACACUGUGAAGAUCUGCCGCUUACUGGGGGAGGCAGAACGUCUCGAGUUAGAAUGCGAGAAAGAGAGUGAAAGAUCAGCAGCGGUGGAAGAUGUCGAGGGCAGACUGGUCAGCGACCUGCUGGUGCUGCUGGAGUCUGGCGAGGGCAGCGACGUGACGCUCAUGGUGGGUGGGGCCUCACUGGCAGCUCAUAGGGCAGUGCUGGCAGCGCGUAGCCCCAUCUUAGCCGAGCUGCUCAAGGACAGCCCAGGUGGCACCCUGCGGGUGGAUGGGGUGCGAGAGGAGGAACUGCGUCAAGUCCUGCUCUACAUGUACAGCGACCAGCAGCCGCCGCCAGCUAGCGUCACAGAUAAGCUCCUGGUGCUGUCCGACAACUAUGCACUUUGUGGCCUGAAGGAGUACUGUGAAGAGCAGUUGGAACACAAAAUUACUAUUGACAGUGCAAUGCUCUUGGCCGUGGUCGCCAUCAAGCACUCCUGCUCCUCAUUGAAGAGAACCUGUGUUGAUUUCAUCAGGACACACAUCUUCCAGGUGAUGGACACAGCUGGUUGGGAUGCAGCAGUACGCGAUGAUGCAGAGGUUGUGCUGCAGAUAACCAAGAGCAUAGCAAGGGCGGUGUUCAACGAUAAAAUUAAAGAAAUACGCACUAACAUCUGUAUAACUGCCAACAUACUGAAAGAACUGUCCAAAUAAAAUAAAUGUCGGAGUAGGUAUAGGAAGAAUAAACCACCUAUAAGUGAUUAAUAUUGCUAAGGAUGGUAUACAACUAGGUGUGCCCUACAGACCUCUGUCCUACAUGUAUGCAACAAUAUGCCUCAUGCCAAGCUCGUUGAGUAACAGUGUAAAUGGGUCCUGUGUUGACGGCUGGCAUGAUAUAAAACUGAGUAACCGACUACACCAGCUCACUUUCCUGGCUGUUACCGAAAGCAUCAAACUGUUCGCCCACUGCAGGUUUAAUUCACCUAGGCAUCACACUUGAUAAUGGUGACUGUGAAGCGUGAUUAAAGUUAGGGAUAGCAUACCUCUAUAGCACAAAGAUACAUGUUCUAUGCGAGAGUUAGCUAAUAGAACAGAAAUAGUUCGCAACAUUGGAAGAAGAAGUACUCCAAAACUGGGCCAAACACAAUCUAUACAUACAUCACAAGCAGAAAAAUAGAAAACAUCAUUAUAGAAAGUGAAUAUAUUAAUCUAUGUUAACAGUUUCUUUUUCAGGGAUAUUAUUGUCCUACUUUUUGAAUCUUCAUGUCUAAAUUCGCUCGUAUCAG